AACGUCAGGUUUCGUUUUUGGGAAAUGGAGAGAUAGUAGGCUAUAUAUUCGCUCCUGCGCUGUUUACACUCAUUCAACAUCUCUGGCAGGAACAGGAGCCGACGCAAAUGCAAGAUGGACAGAAGUAACUGGAUUUCAGCCUUUCUGAUGCUGUGGCUUCUUAUUUGUGUCGGGUCCUCUCCCCUGGUUGUCCAUACGUUGUCAAGGGUCGGUCUGCCAGCUGUCCUGCCAUGUUCUGUGGCAUCACACCUGGAGUCUGAUCACAAGCCUCACAUACAUUGGCAGACCAUAAGCGAUUCGGUGUUUGAGCGAAUGGGACAGGAGUGGUUUCAGGGGGAGGAUUAUAGAGACCGGGCAGAUGUCCCAGAGAAACUGCUUGUGAGGGGAAACUGCUCUCUGUUCUUGCAGGAUGUCAGAUUCAGUGAUGCAGGCAUUUAUGAGAGUUACUUGGUGGUUGGUGAAUCGAGUAUCAAGAACCGAAUUUUCAUUCAGAGCGUCCAACUUGCAGUUAUCGAUCACAAGGACAUCACAUCUGUGAAGACUGGGGAAGAACUGAUCCUGGAUCUGCACACGCAUCAAGCUGAGCAAAUGAUUUUUCAAAACAGUGAUGAAACAGACUGGACAGUCCUGUGGAAAAAAGAUGCAGUCAUAAACAAGAAAGGUUAUCUGGAAAGGAGAGACAACAAGUUGAUUCUUAGUAAUGUUACGGCCUGCAGAGCCGGAACAUACAAAAUUCUCGACUCAGAGGGUUUGGCUCUCAGCACAGUGAAGGUCACAGUUACAGAACCUGUGCUACCAAAAGAAACAGAAACUCUGCAAAUACAGUCUGCAUUAGGUAAAGCUACAAUGAGUAUGUCUUCUCUAAGCCUCAUUACUCUUUUCCUCACAUUUAUUCUAAUGCUUCAAAUUAACUGAGAUUGUUCUGAUUUUAACUGUAUUUUUCAAUUAACUUUUACUUUAACUAUUUUGCCUACACUGUGGAAAAAGUUAGUUGGAAAACAGGUGUGAAAAGUGUUGUUUUAGAUACUGUAUUUUAUAAAUCUGUGAAAGCUCACAAAUAUGUGAAUACCAGAAAACUUUGUGUGUUAUACUUUUGUAGUGUUAAUAUAAUAAAUAAACAAAUAGCAAAAUAUAAAGUUUUUUUGAAUUGUUUGAUUUUUAGAUAUUUGAACAUUUCAGCAAUCCUGAUAUAGAUUUAUCAAAAAAUGCAUUUAGAUUAGUAGAAAUGUGAUGCAACUUCAUGAUGCAAAAAAAAAAAAAAAAAAAGAUUAUCAGCAUUUACCUACACUGUUAUUAUCACAUGAAUAGAUUCAUGAAAAUCUAUUAAAAUUGCUGACACAAAAAGCACACAUACAUCUCAGAGAUAUCUUUUUGAUGUUCACGUUUACAUCUGGAAGAUACAUUUUUUAGAGUGUUUGCUCAUCUGCAAUACAUCUCUAGGACAUUUCCUGUAAGAAUACUGUAAAUUAAAUAGACAUUUAGAAAACGUCUUUAAGACGUUUAUGAUUCAGAAUGUAUGCAAAACUGACAUCUUAAAGACAUUUAUCAGAUCUUUGUACACAGCAGAUGCUUUCCAGGCAUCUUGCAGACGUACGUAUGCUAUCUGGGCAGUAUGACUUCACCCUUGUUAUUUAAGAUGCUUGGUGGACCUAUUAAUGAUGUUUUAA